CUUGACUCGACCAUAGAAGAACAUGUCACGUGCUGUGUGAGUUUGUACGGUAGUGUAACGUUACGCCAGUUCUAACCUUGAUCGCUGAUUUUUAUAUGUAUUCGUUGAUGAGUUUUAAACCCUACAGCAAGAAUGUUACAGAUGAAAAAUCGCUUGAAAUAUUGCUCUGUCGCAGUCGCGGCGAACAGACUGGUUUCAGGACCGGUGAAGAACCCUGUUGUCUUUAUGGACAUUGCAGCUGACGGCGAGUUCAUUGGAAGAAUAAUUAUUGAGCUUUAUGCUGACGUCGUACCAAAAACAGCGGCAAAUUUCCGGGCCCUUUGUACAGGAGAGCAUGGCUUUGGAUAUAAGGGCUCAGCAUUCUACAGGAUCAUCCCUCAGUUCAUGUGUCAGGGUGGAGAUUUCACUCAUCAUAAUGGAACUGGUGGAAAAUCUAUUUAUGGAAAGAAAUUUAAAGAUGAGAAUUUCAAGCUGAAACACACUGGACCAGGUGUUCUGUCUAUGGCAAACUCUGGGCCAAACACAAAUGGAUCCCAGUUUUUCAUCUGCACUGCAAAAACAGAAUGGCUUGAUGGCAAACACGUUGUUUUUGGGCAGGUCAAAGAGGGAAUGCAGACGGUCUCUUUAAUGGAGUCCUGUGGCCUACAUGGUGGAGGAACUGUAAAGAAGAUUGUCAUCACAGACUGUGGAGAACUCAAGUAACCAAGAAUGUGUAUUCAUUUUAAUGUGAUCAAACGGUUUCACAACAAAAAUGCUUAUGCAUGUAAAGUAAAUUAUAUUCUUUUUUUUUUUUUACAUUUAUGUUACCUAAGUACCUAUUGCCAUUUUAAUGUGUCUGUCUAUGGAUCCAUUAAGGUGUUUUAUGCUUACUAGGUAAGCAAAUGAUUCAGUAUUUAUGGUGAUUACUUACCCCUACACAACAAAUCUUGCUUAUGGGUCAAAUGCCAUGGGCCAUAAGGAAAUUUAUACUGUUAAAGCUUUUUUUUUUAAAUUAGGAUAAAAGCUAAACAGAGAUUGUUUACUUUCUAAGAACCAUGCCAAAGAAACCCCAGGAGGUUUUUUUUUUUUUAAAUAAAUAAAUUACACAUGAAACUGG